ACGAUUUCUACCCUCUCCCCAGUCUCUGGGCUUUUCUCCCUCCCACCACCAACUCUUCUUCCCCUCUUUCCUAUCGGGGAACCUCGGUCGAACUCGUGAAGGUAAAUGGAGAAGUACAAGACCUUGGAAAUCGUUCAGGCAAACUCAAAUUCGCAGGUUUUCACCCUAUAUCUCAAUCGUCCGUCGCUUCGAAAUGCUCUCUCAAGCGAUUUCUUCUCUGAAUUCCCAAGGGCUCUAUCUUGGCUGGACGAAAACCCUAACGUGAGCGUCAUCAUCCUCUCGGGUCGCGGUGAUCAUUUCUGUUCAGGCAUAGACCUUUCAACCCUAAAGGAUUCUUUCGCAAACACCAAAUCUAACGACGACAGUGGCAGAUCUGGAGAACGGUUACGCAGAGCGAUCAAGAGAUUACAGGUCGCAAUCACAGCUCUGGAAAAUUGCCGCAAACCUGUCAUCGCUGGAAUCCAUGGCGCUUGCAUCGGAGGUGGGAUCGAUAUCGUGACAGCUUGUGAUAUUAGGUAUUGUACGGAGGAUUCGUUCUUCUCCGUGAAGGAGGUCGAUUUGGCGAUCGUUGCUGAUCUCGGGACGCUUCAGAGGCUUCCGGCGAUCGUUGGGUUCGGAAACGCCAUGGAAUUAGCCCUAACUGGCCGGAAGUUUUUGGGAUCGGAGGCGAAGAGUUUGGGUAUGGUAUCUAAGGUUUUCGGUUCCAAAAGUGCCAUGGAUGAAGGAAUAUUGGGGAUUGCCGAGGGUAAGUCUGUCCUUUUACUCCCCUUAUUCUGUUUAUAACCCAAGCAGCCCAAUAAGCCCAAUUUGGCACUAAUUGUCGGAUCAGGAUCCUCUCUUGAGCGCUUAUGGUCCAGGUCCUGCCAAUAGGUAUUGGGCGAUGAACACAUGUCCAAUCAGUUAUUCAACGGCUCUAGGCAGGUGUUUCUAAUAAAUUGUUAAAUAGUUAGACAUGUUGAAUCGUAUACAAAGUGGGGCCAGUUUAGAUCGAUCCAAAUGAUUAUGAAUUAUUCCCAUUUCCUAUAAUAUUUUACUUUAUCCUGGUAAGAAGAUAAAACAUUAAUGCAAGGUUCGGUUGAACCAUGUUAUGAAUGGAAAUGGAAUGGUGGAUUUAUGUGAAAUCAACUGUUAUUUUUUACCGUGAC